AAUAAAUCCUUUUUGAUCUGCAAUUGAUUCCCGUUCUGAGUCGUGACAGAUUAGGUUCCAAUAUAAAUAAUAAUUUAGCUAAGAGUAGACUAAUGGACCUUUGAAACCUGACCCCUCACAUUUGAAGACCUUAUCUCAGAGAAAAAUAUCAACAAAGCAUAAGAGUUCUGUUGGUUCACUCUUAUAGAAAAAAGUACAAAGAAUGACAUUAAGUAAAAGGUGUGCUUUGGCACGAGUCUAGCCUGAGAGUUUAUAUUCAGCUGGCUCCACUGGGGCUUUGAUAAUGAUUAUAAUGAUACUAUACAUUUCGAUGGCACUUUUCUUGCACGCAAAGCGCUUUGGAGUUGUCUAUCUAAGAUAGUGGCAAUCAGGUUAAAUAGCUUACUGUGGCGUUAUUAGUGCUCAUGCAGGCUGCUGUAGGAAGGUACAUUUACCUGACAGCAGACCUAUAAGCACCUCCUCCAGGACAAACCCUUCAGGCCUCAGUGGAAUGUGGGAAUGUGGAUGAGCUACAACGAACUUUCUGUUGGACUUGCAAUGCUUUGCAACUUUUUUUCUUCAUAAUCUGCUUCCAGCAGGCCAUUGAUCAUUCACACACAGGGUUUCUUCUGGUAUCAUUAUGAACAGGUUUGAACUAAUCCUUGAGGAAAUUGGGGGAUUUGGAUUCUUCCAGAAACGAUUGACGGUGUUACUGCUUAUUUUGAACAUUUCAAUUGGUGUGGAGACCUUUCUUUCAGUUUUUACUGGACAGAACUUCCCUUACCGCUGCAAAACCGACUGGAUAAUUGCCAUUAGCCCUAACUUAACAUAUGAAAAGCAACUCAACCUUACCAUCCCCACUAUAGAAGAUGGGGAGUAUGACAGCUGCAAGAUGUUCACACCUGUGGAUUUGGAUUUGGAAACGAUUGAAGCAUACGGGAUUAAUAGUACCACAAACUGCAUUGAAGGAUGGGUUUACAAAAUGCCUGAAAGCACUUCCAGUUAUAUGACAGAGUUUAAUCUAGUUUGUGACGACAGCGGUUUAAAUGAGGCAACCCAGUCCAUUUACAUUAUGGGACUUCUGCUUGGAGGGCUGGUAUUUGGAGCAAUGGCUGACAGGUUUGGCCGCCGGUAUGUUGCCCUGCUCAGUUUGUUUCUCCAGCUCUUGUUUGGUGUUGCCUCGGCUUUCUCACCACACAUCUAUGUUUACAUUGCGCUUCGAUUUGUUGUUGGUGCCGCAGUUUCUGGCGUUUGGAUUAAUUCAUAUGUCAUAGGGGUGGAGUGGACCUGUACCUCAAAACGGGGUUUUGUCAGUAUCUCUUCACUUACCUUUUUUUCUGUUGGACUGAUGAUGAUGUCAGGCGUUGCCUAUUUUGUCCGUGAUUGGAGGAAUCUACACCUGGUGUUCUCCAGCCCUCUGAUCCUGUUACUUCUAGCCGGAUACUGGCUCAUGCCUGAAUCAGCCCGCUGGCUUUUGACCCAGGGCAGGGUGAAGGAGGCGCAAAAGGAGGUCCUGAGGGCAGCCAGGGUGAACGGAAGAACAAUCUCUGAGGCCAUGCUCAGCCAGUUGGAGGAUGACUUGGAGACGAAGAACGUGUCAAAAAGCACAGGCAUGUUGGACAUUUUCAGGGAGCCAUAUUUAAGAAAACGUGUUCUCGUCAUGAGUUUUAUGUGGUUUGGAGUGAAUAUGGUGUACUAUGGAUUCAGCCUAAAUGUUGGCAGUUUUGGCGUGGAUAUCUACCUCACUCAGUUCAUCUUUGGCCUUGUAGACAUUCCUGCAUGCAUCGGCAGUGCUGUACUCAUUGAGCAUUUUGGGAGGAGAAAAUGUCAAGCUGUGUCUAUGUUUUUUACUGGCAGUGCUUGCAUUUUGAUGCUGGCGAUUCCAAAUGACUUUAUUGCGGCUACGACAGUCGUCGCUUCACUUGGGAAGUUUGGAUCCAAUGCUGCCUAUUCCGUCAUCUAUGUUUACACUGCAGAAAUAUACCCGACUACUGUAAGGCAGAGUGGGCUUGGUAUAAAUUCCAUGUGUGGUCGUAUUGGGGCCAUCCUAGCUCCUCUCAUCAGACUACUACAGGUCUACCACCCUGCCAUCCCUAUGGUGUUGUAUGGCACCAUUCCCUUAAUAGGCGGGUUGCUCUGCUUUCUGCUGCCCGAGACCCUCAAUAUGGAACUCCAGGACCACACAGAACAGAGCAGGCUGCAUAGGCCCUUCUCGGCCAAACCCCAGAGUCAGCCCUAACCCUGGGGGAGUGGUCGGGGAACACCUCCACCAGCUACUGCUGGAGAGGGGCGUUGGCCCUUUGUGGUCCCCAGCAGUCCAUCGGACCACGGCCUCCGCCGCCUGAUGUCUGGCCCGUCGACGGCACACCGGCGGCUGGUAUCGCGGCAACGUGCUGUAUAUAUUUGUGGAUGGGAUUCUGUAUGUGUGUUUAUAUAUGCAGUAGAUAAUAAUUCUUAAAAAAUAUCCAAUAAUAACAAAAACCAAAGAUCUUCAUUUUCUUUGAGGCAUUUCUUACAGAAAUAUAGAGUGGCCUUAUUUGGCACACUCAAAAUUGGCCACCUUCUCACACAAUUCACAUUGCACCUAACAAAAAAACCCCACCAAAACACCAGUGCACCAACAAUCUACAAUGUGAUAAAUUGUAUGGUAAUAUGCACACACAU